AUGGGUAUUCACAUGCCACGCGAAUGCUGGAUAGUGAUCAAUAAUACCUCAGGUGUUCCAGCCUUGUGUACCCUCAAAUUGGAUAACUUUGAAAGCCAGGAGAGAAUAUGCUUUGAUGAAAUUGUUGAAAAUGAUUGGCAAGUUCAAAAUCGAAAAGUCCAAGAUUUCUGCAGAAGACUGUUGAGUACAAAAAAAUGCUUUGCGAUUUCAAUUGAUUCGAUUAGGGUUAUCGGAAGCCUCUCAAACGCAUUUGAUACCAAAACAUCUGCAAUUGAUGUACCGCCGUACAAGAGCGUCGCUAUCCGUUUGGUUGGGUGUGCGGACAUUUUUGGUGAAUUUCAGGACACAUUGACAAUCUCCCUUGAGCCUUCAAGAGUCUGUAGCUUGGGUGCCCAACCGCUCAUUGCUCGACUCCCAAUUGUAGCUCGUGCCUGUGGAAGUCCGGUCGAUUUUUUAACAGCUUCGAAGUCCGUCAACAAACCGAUAUUCAAUGAAUGCUAUAAGACCAAAGUAACUGAUAGUAAUUCGUACGGGCUUCUGUUAUCGUCGAUUCCAGCUCGUGAAACAACUGCCAACUUGGGCAUCACGUCGUGCAUUUCGCCAAACGUGAGACGAGAAGUGAAGUUACGAAAUAACUCUGCUUUUACCAUCAGAGUGGAUUGGCACCUCUACCGAUAUUCUCUGAGCAAUAAUGAAAAUCAUCUCCUCGAUCUCUGUGCCAUUUUGAAUGGAUGCUACCAUUCGGUUGAGGGUGAGGAACAAAAGAAAGACAAAUCUGAUGACACACCACACCUCUCGCUGCUGCUUCGACCACACGAAGGUCGUGCAGUUUCAAGGUCAAGUUCAUCGGACAAACGAUUUAUCGAACCCACGGCUGAUGAUGAUGAUGGAACUAUAAGAUUGUGGUCGCAUCAGACGAUUAUUCCGCCUCACAACGUGGCCUCAGUCUUUGUUGACCUGAAUAGAGUCAGCGCUAGCUCGCAGCUUGGAGCAAAAAUCCGGGCCUAUGCUCUUGGCUACAUCUCUGUUGAUGGCGCGGGAAGGCAUGUAAGCUUACCAGAACCUCUUCUCUGUCCACAGCUUCGACUCAACCUGAAAGCAAGCGUUCAACAGCCCAUGCUGGAGCUUGAAUACGGUGAUGAAUUGAGCAAACAUGUGGUCCUGGCACCCGGUAUUGGUGUUAAUGCUCCUGAGCCAAUGAGAUUCACGAUUGGAGCCGACAACUUCAUCCUAUCAGCCUCUGAAAUUCGUUCUACUUGUAAUGCUUCAAAUCAUGAAUGCUUAACAGCUAAACAUUCGGACGAUGAACAGCUCCACAUUGUUGAAUACAGCAGAGUCCCAAAGGCCAAUGUGUGCCUAGCUGAUCGAGUCUGGUUUCUACGAAGACUUCGUCUUCGAAACAGAAGCCCUUACGGGCUAGGCGUGCAGUUGGAAGUGACUGAGGGCGAUUUUUUUUUUCGUGACGACUACCCACUGAAAGCAGGGCACCGCAAUCGGCUCGUCAAGUUUUUGGACCCCUCGAUUGUCAAAAUUGAAAUGGUUUCUAGGAAACGACUAAUCGUGAAAUCCGAAUCCAUUGAAUCGGUUUCGACAGAGUCCGAGUGGUUCGGUCGAGUUUCCUGCGAACUUUACAACCCGGAGCAGGCUGAAAUCAUGAAGCCCGCCGAAGACUUAAUGAGAGUUCGUGUUGGUGUUGAAGGGCGUUUGAAGUUACCUGAAAUCUCAGUAAUCAACACGCAGGCGUUGGAAUUUCCGGAUACUUUCACCUCGCAGUCCUCGAUGUUGGACAUCAAAAUUUCAAAUCUCGGUUUGUCGGGAACAGUUUGGGCGGUGCAAUUCUCGAAUACUCUCAUUGGACCACACAAAAGCUCCAAAGCAGGCUGCCAAGAGGCGGCGUUUUCAAUUAAUCCUCGGUCUGGAGUCCUAGCAGCUGCCGGCGACCCGCAUCUGAAAGAUCGUGCAAUAAUUACGGUAGAAUUCAAGCCCCUAAAAUCAGGUCUCCACGUGGGAGAACUUAGAAUUGUUGACUUCUUGACCAGAAGGUCAGUCGCACUGACUCUGAAAGGGAGGGGCAUUGAUCAACACCUACCAGAGAUCACGCCCUGGUAA